CUUCCCCAAUCCAAAAGGGCCCUAGAGGAAGUCCUAAGUGCCCUGUAAACGCUCCCUACAGCAUCUUUUUCUUCAGCGCCCAGCAGCACCCAACAGAGCCACCUUGCUAACUUGGGGGCUGCUCCCAACCGGCGAUUGUCCUUGUCGUCCGAACCCACGGCCGAGCUCUCUCCUCCACCACGUCACUCUCGAGCACAUCUCCUCCUGUUCGUUGCCUUUGCUUUAUCCUUUUUCCUUUCACCUAUCAGGCUUCUUCGUUUGGUGGCAAUCAUUCAACUUGGAUAUCCAAGACGCUGCACUUGGCCGGCUUGAUCAACGCACAAAUUCGGCCAAGGCCAAAGCGCGGUAGCGUCUCUCAUCAUUAUUAAUUUCCCACCAAAUCCAGGCCCAUUAUCACAACUCUCCAAGAUUACCCCUGCUCCGUUCCUCCCACCGAUUGGCCAGCCACACCACCGACAGCCUGGGACAUCAUCAAUAGUCUGCUUCCGCAGCGGGGCUGCUAUCGAAUCGUCGCUAGAGCUGCAGGUACGCCAACCACCUCUCACAAACAAUUCAACACGCCGGCUUCGGCUACUAGCAGGGGUGUUCUAGUCUCCCGCGUUCUCUCUUCCGCCCGUUUGCUCAAUGCUGCCUUCAAUCGCCAUUAGCGGCUGUUGUUGACGUGUUACAGUCGGCCCUCCGUGGCCGCCGCCAAAAAUGAAGCUAAUCAGGGCUUACAGGUAAACGAUAAAGACAGCACUCUACUACAAGACCUCUGGGUUUCAGUAUACAACUAGUCGUUUUGUUAACGUCUGACAAUCGACCUGCUCAUCAUCCCAACGGCUAAGCGGCCUUUCCUACACCAAAGCAGCUCGUACGACAAGCCACCUCGAAUUUGUCCCAAAAAGCUAUCCGGAACCACCGUCUCAUUGUAGUCUUACACUAGGCCAUUAAUGUGCUACGGCCACACCCAAUUUUUUAUUUUUAUUCUUUGGUCCCAAACUCCGAAGCUUCUACAGAGGUGUGUCCGAUACCGAACAGGUGCCGCUAUAACCAAGGCGUCUCAGGCGUACCCAAUACUAGUGUCUUAGACAUCGCUCUAGCUUGACAGUCGGCGAAACGCGGCAUCUAAAGAUAGAAACAUAAAAGAAGUUUAUCCACAUUCCAUCGGCAUGUCAGCCCAAAGACGCAAGACAAGGUUCGUCUGUGUUUCGGACACCCACAACUACACCUUCAAGCUGCCGAAGGGAGAUGUUCUUAUUCAUGCGGGAGAUCUUACCAACCAAGGGUCACCUUCCGAGGUCAGCUUUUGGCUAGCUGCAAAGCUACAAAAGCUUAGCUAACGGGUCAAAUAGCUGCAAAAAACUGUCAAGUGGCUAGAGGACGCAGAUUUCGAGGCAAAGAUUGUCGUUGGUGGUAUGUCGGACCUGAUCAGGUCAUACCUGAUGCUAACUUGGUAAAAGGAAACCAUGAUCUGACGCUUGAUGGCGACUUUUACAUCGGCCAUGACAGUCCUCAGGAUUACGAGACUAUCCAAAGACGGCGCUCGACGCAUACCAGCUGUCUUGAUCUGUUUAAAAACGCAAAGACUUUGACAUAUCUAUCUCAUGACGCCGCAGAAAUAAGGCUCAAGUCUUCAGAUGGUCCCCAUACCAUGUUUAAAAUAUUUGGGUCCCCUUAUAGCCCGCGAGAUGGGGCUUGGGCAUUCAAUUACGAAACACCCAGAGAACCACAGACGCCAUGUCGCGAUGCACAUGCCGCAAUCGACGACCAUGAUUUAACAUCACUAUGGGAUGGGAUCCCUAUAGACAGUCAUAUCGUUGUAGCCCACACGCCGCCUCGCAACCAUCGAGAUACGCCAUUGACACGGCUAGAUCGGCCUCGCGGCUGUGAGGCUCUGCGUCGCGCUCUGUGGAGAGUUCGACCACUUCUGGCAGUGUGUGGCCACAUUCACGACGGCCGCGGUGCCAACAUCGUGACUUGGGACUCUUCUAACAGUCGAUACAAGGAAUCAAAGACACGAGAGUGGGUAGACCCUGGUACUGGCAAUAAUAAACAAAGUCUUAUCGACCUUACUGGACGCACUGGAUCUCCGCUUGACAAUGACGGCUCUUUCACCAACGGCUGCCGUGUCUAUGCCCUUGAAGUGGAUGGCAAGCAAGGCCAUAUUGGAAAAACAAACGAAGGCUCAAGAAAUGAAACUUGCAUUGUCAAUGCAGCAAUAAUGAAGAGCAAAUAUCCGCAUAUUGGCGGUAAGCAGUACAACAAGCCCAUCAUUGUCGACGUCAUGCUACCUGUUUGGGACGAAAGAGACGAGUGCAGGUAGACGCCAAUAUUAGCUCACAUAAGAGGGAGAUAUGAUAUUUUACGUAUUUUACGAAUCAUUGAAUUAUGAAAACAGUUGCACGGGAUCCCUUAGCGUGACGACAUCAGGCUGGUAAACCCUCGCCUAGCCCGCAAGCCACUACCUACAAUUGUGACCUACGCCACAUGCUCGUUUCCUACUAGUACGAAAAAUUAAGUACCAUGGGGCUCCAAUCAACUCAGGCUUAUUAUCUAUUUGCUGUCUAUUUACAGAUGAAAUGGUAAAUGAAAGAUUGUAUUUCCG